AUGCCAUCCUCCAAUGGCUUCCUCCUUGUCGUUGCAUUCGCCAUCCUUUUCAUCGCGCAUGGACAGGGGUUGCCUCCGGAGUUCACGAGAUGGUAUGUUCACGUAGUUAACGGAUUGAGCAAUGGUCGAACGUUGUUCGUCCAUUGCAAUUCCAAGGACGACGAUUUAGGCGGCCGGAAUCUAGAUCCCGAAACCGAUUUCAAUUGGAGUUUUCGACAACAUGUUUUGCGUCGAACCCUCUUCUGGUGCUACGUGAGCAAGGACGGGGCUCACGCGUCGUUCAAGGUCUUCUGGCAAGACGUGCUUUUGUUCCACAAGUGUGCAUGGAAAGACUGCAUUUGGAUUGCCAAGGAUGACGGCGUUUACAUCAAAGAUCUUGCUAGAAAUACCGACGAGUUUCGCCGGAGAUGGAAACCGUGA